AUGAUGAGAAUACGUGGAGAGUGGUUUUUUCGUUCGGGCGAGCGAUCUGCCCAGGUCAUCACCCGGCGCGUGUUACUAAGACCUGACACUUGGUGCCUCAGGCCACACACACCUCCGGCAAACCUCAUUCCGUAUUCAUCAUCAGGUUCACCCCUCUACCCAUUGGCUGUCUUGCCUUCCUCCACACUCUCUCAAUUCUUGUCUUUCAGCACAACUAUGCUGUCUCAACGGAUCUUGGCUCGGCGCCUGCCCCAGGUUGCCUCACGAGCAAUUGCUCCCCGCGCAGCCUUCUCUCAGAUCCCAGCUCUCCGUGCCGCUGAACUUGAUGAUCCCCUACAGAACAACAACUAUCCCAACCCUCCCGCAGUGAAGCGCGCCCACAGAGAUCCCUACGGUGGUUGGUGGGAUGCGCAAGAGAAGCGCAACUUCGGCGAGCCUGUGCACGAGGAUAACGAUAUUCUCGGUGUGUUCAGUCCCGAGCAGUACACCCACGUUAGCCCCAGCAAGGGCUUCUUCCACCUCGGAUGCUUCGUCGUUGCUUUCCUGGGCCUUGUUGGUGUUGUCAGCCUUAACUACCCGGACAAGCCUAGUGUCCCCAAGACCUACGUCGACGGUCUGGAGAAGGAGCUGGGAGGCCCCAAUGCUUUGCCCGUAUGUAUUCGACAUCUUUCUGGGGAAUCCUUUUAG